AUGCUGUCGCCAACUCAGGCUGCCUUCCAAACGGCCGCUCUGGCAUACCACAGCACCCCAGACUCGGGGGUCAACCAGAAUGGGUCACUGACGCUUAGGUGGCUCGAUCUACUCAUUGGAGACGCAACUCUCAACUACGGGCCGCUCCCGGAGCUUGACAUUGGUCUCAGCGGACCGGACGUAUUCGGCAACACUGUCACCCAGACGCCAACCAGCCUCGACGAAGCGGCUACGCCGGCCACCAACGACAGCUCCGGUGUCACAACACAGAGUGCUUACCUGCAGGAGCGGCUUCCCGACAGAAGAGGUCCCUCUAGUGAUAAGCAGUUUUGGCAGGCCUCGGAGGCGAUAGCCUUACAGCCGCAGGAGCAUAUCUUGUUCCGACACUUUACAGAACACAUCAGCCGAUGGAUGGACCUCUUUGAGCCGCAGAGACCGUUCGGAACUUUAGUCCCUCACCUCGCUGUACGAUAUCGGCCUGAUCCUAACGACACCAUUCGUUAUUACUGGAAGACGCUCCACUACAGCCAGAAGGCCAUGAAGUAUGAGACCUAUCAGACCAGCCUGGAACUCUUGGCGAGUGCCAUCAUCAUUUCCUCAUAUGAGAUGCUAGACGGCGCGAGUACGGACUGGGAGAAGCAUCUCAAGGGCGUCUUUUGGAUCCAACGCUCACAGGUUAUACAUGGCGACUCUGGCGGCUUGCGGCAGGCUGUGUGGUGGGCAUGGCUAUGCCAGGACGUGUGGGCGGCGUUCCGGGAGAAGAGGAAGCCAUUCACCUUCUGGCAGCCCACUCGCUCCCUCGCAGAGCUGGAUCCAAAUCAUCUGGCAGCUAGAGCUGUCUACAACUUUGCUCACAUUGUCGGCUUCUGUGCUGAAGAGAGUGAGCCUGGAAAUGCCACUCUCAACACUCAAAAAGCAGCCCUUCUCUUGCAACGACUGGAAACCUGGAAGUCGUAUCUAACCGUAGAGUUCAAUCCCCUUCCAGGCCCAGAUUCCGAAGAUAACAAGGACUUUCCACUUCUUUGGAUCCAGCCUGCCGCAUUCGGGAUUGCUAUGCAACUGUACUACUGUUCGUUAAUACUACUGCACCUACAUCAACCGUGCUACGGGGGCUUCAAAGAGUAUCUGGAGAGGCAAAAAACUUUGAAGAAAUGGGCGAGGAUGGUGUGUGGUAUUGCAAUGACCUGCACCGACUAUGCAGCCAGUGUGAUGUCCUCGCAGUGUGUCUUUAUAGGUAACAUGGCAACCCUUGUCUCGCUUACAGCUUUGAUGUGA